GACACAAUAUUAGCAAAAGAAUCAAAUUUGAUUGCAAGAGUGAACGAGAGCAAGUUUUGAUGCUAUUUGUAGGCUAGAGAAUUGGAUGCUUGUGCGUUGCCUCCGCAUGUCGUCCGCACUAUUGCACAAAAGCAGCCACAUGGCAGGACUGGGACCGGUAUUGGAUGUUGCGCGCCGGACUCGCGUGCUGGCCGGCCAUUUACCUUCCCCAGCAGUCGCCGCGACAGGCAGCGCGCUGGCGUUGACGCCGGCGAGCAGCAGGCGCCCAUUGUCCUCAACAUCGAGGCCGUCAGCUGCUAGCAUGUCUCAUGCAGAGACGGACGGCUUCGAGGCGGGCAUCAUCCGCGGCGCAUCCAUCAACUUGACGGACAGCGCUGCGCUCCGGCUUCGGCGGCGUGCACUCUUGCAGUGGCAGCCGGGCUCACCCAGCAAGGUGCUGAUCGUCAAGAAGCCAAAGAACCCGGCGGCCGCCGCCAAGCUCAAGGCGAUUGGCGACUGGCUGACCGCUCGGGGCAUUCAGGUGUUCGUGGAGCGGGUGGUGUGGGCCACGGAGUUCAAGGAGUUCAGCGUGUUCGACCCCCGCUACAACCAGGAGGAGAUAGACUUCUGCAUCACACUGGGCGGCGACGGCACCGUGCUGUACAUGGCGUCGCUGUUUGAGGAGGACCAGCCUCUGCCGCCGGUGCUGUGCUUCGCCAUGGGCAGCCUGGGCUUCCUCACGCCCUUCGACGCCGCGCACUUUGCGCCCACGCUGGAGCGCGUGCUGGACACCGCCAGCCAGCCGCUGUUCUGCACGCUGCGCACCCGCAAGCGCUGCGAGGUGGUGCACGAGGGGCAACUGGUGGAGGUGCACCACGUGCUCAACGAGUGCGUGCUAGACCGUGGUGCUUUCCCCGGCGCCGUGCUGCUGGAGAUCUUCAUCGACGGCUCCUACGUGACCAACGUGGAGGCGGACGGGCUCAUCAUCUCCACGCCCUCUGGCUCUACCGCCUACAGCAUGUCGGCCGGCGGCCCCGUGGUUGCACCGAGUGUGCCCUGCACCGUGCUGACGCCCAUCGCGCCGCUGUCGCUGUCAUUCCGGCCGGUUGUCAUCCCGGAGAGCUCGUCCAUCUGCGUGCACCUGCCCACUUGCGUGCGCUCCCACGCGCGCGCCUCGUUCGACGGCAAGCGCACCAUGCGUGUGCGGCGCGGCACCUCCAUCUUCUUCACCACCUCGCUGUGCCCGCUGCCCGUCAUCAGCCUGGGUCGCAUGGACACGGACUGGUACGAGGGCAUUACCAGCAAGCUAAAGUGGAACCAGGCCAUCCGCCAGCUGCCCAGCUGCCCCAGCCCGGUGGGCGCCAAGCAGCAGGAGCUCUGCUCCGCCCUCCACGCUGACCGCACCAGCAGUGCUGCCGCCGCCAUCAACGCAGCCAUAGACGGCUGCCCCAUCGGCAGCGACGUCGAGGAGGUGGUCCUGGCGGCGGGCGCGGUGAUGCCGGUGUCGGCAGCGGACGAGUCGGCAGUGCGGGCGGCGCUCGCAGCGGCGGCCCAACAGGAGCAGGAGUCGGAGCGAAACUGGCUGGGGCCUGCUUGCGGCAGCCGCUACGGCACCAGAAGUGGUGAGUUCACGGACUGGGGCGCGGGCGGCAGCGAUGGCGGCGGCAGCAGUGGCAACGUUAGCGACGGCAGCGAGGCGCCGGAGAAGACGCGGCCGCUGACGCAGCCGCCGCCGCGGAAGCCGGUGGCGGCGGCGGCGGCGCCUUCGGCUCCGGUGCCUGUGGCGCCGCGGCGGCCCGGCGGUGGCAACGGCUCGCGCCGUUACAGCGCCGCCGCGGCGGGCGGCGGCGCCGCCUUGUCCAGCUUCCAGAAGUACGGCGGCGCAACGAAGGCGGGCGGUUUGGGCAGCGUGCCGGGGCAGGAGGAGAGCGUGCUUGUGCCUGAGGGCUCCAUCUCCGAUUCGCUGACGGAUGCGGAGGAGGACAUGGCGGCAUCGGAGUCGGUGGCGGGCGCGUCGGGCGCCUCGGUAGACACCGUGUACUCGGCCAUGUCGGCGGCAACGCCGACGGUGGCCAAGGCAGCUGGAGGCGCCGCGGCGGCGGCAGCAACAGGUGCAGGAGCUGCGGCAGCAGGAGGGCGCAGCAGGCUUCGGACGCCGCGCGGGCCGGUGGCGGGUGGCCAGGUGGCGGCCCCGGCCGCCGAGCGGCUGGCGUCACCCGGCAGGCCGCCGCGCGCUCCUGGUGUUGGUCCGCAGCAGACGUCACGGCAGUCCUAGUGGCUCUGCGUGCGCUGGGCGUGGCGCUUGUACAAUAUAUUAUGUUUACCAAGUGUUGGCGCGAGCGUAGCCGUGAGCGAUGACUGUGCUUCCGGUGCUGUCUUGGGUGACGGUACGCCUGGUGUAUGGGUGGAGGGGAGGUGGUGCAGAGCGCUGUUAAUAUGCAAGGGGCACUCUAUGUACCCUAUGGCGCUUACUUCACGAAGGCAGUCAAGCUACCUGGAGCAGGUGCAAGCCGUGCUGUGCCGCAUCAACCAGCUACUGGUCAGAGUUGGGUGUGGGCGCCGGACUGCGUUGCUGAGCAACCCUCGUUGAGUAGUGGGCUGGGGUGAUAUAGCAAGCGAAGUUGGGCUAGCCAGUCAUAAUCUUCGUGCAAAAGGCUUCCCACAAUACGGUAGCCAGCUACCAUCUUGAGCCCGGCAAUGCUAUGACUAUACAGUAAGGGUACCCAUGCACGUUGCCUGCCCCAACCCCUGCGUGGUAAUUCAGGUGACCACGUAUGCGGUGUUAUGAGGGCCCCGGCAUGUCAGCUGUGCAUGCUUAUUGCCUGCAGCCAGCUGCAGUGAACGUAGCAAUAGGAAAUUGUCCGAUGAGUUGUGGAUUGUUUGUGCACUGACGCGGCGUCGGCGGAAGCUACAGAUGCCAUCGUGCGGGCAUGUGUGGCCCGUGCGUGGCGGGCCUAUGUGAAGUUGUCUUGCUUUAGUCAGCACCUCGGUGUAUAUGGCAGGAAUGGGGAGGUGUAGUCACGUAUAUCAGAACGUAGGCUUACGGAAAGCUUGCGAUCAAGGGACGCUGCAACCGGUGCUUGGCCUGUGCUAAGCCCACUGUGUGCAGUAAGUUAUGGGUCAGGGGAUGGGGUGUACAGCAGGGGUGUACAGCGUCAGGAGCUGCGAAGGCCCCGCUGAAACGGCGUUUCGUACAGCCGCAUGGAGGUUCGUACUGUAUGUGCAUGUACACGGCGCCACCUGUAGCAUUCAUUGCCGGUAAAAAGUCUAACUUGCUA